GGUCACAUCGCCCUACGUGGAAUAUAGCAGCCGCCUGUUGAACCCAUGCCCACCACUCGAGCGACUCCCUCCAGCCGCAAAGUCCACUUAUUGGACGAUAUGAGCUGUCAGUUGUGAGGCAUCUCAGACAUGGCACGAUAGUCACCUCGACCAGGGAUAUACCCCGGGUACUUGGAUGUCGCACCGGACCCUAGUAGCAUCGAUCAUUAGCUCAUCUCCAUCUAGUCCCCAUAUGGACCCAUUGAAACACUGGGAAUCCUGUUGUUUGAGAUAAUGACGAUAAAGACAAGCCAAAGCUCCCCUUCCCUAGUUCCUCUCUCCCCCCAUCCUCUCAAGCAUCUUCAAUCCGUCAAUUCAGUUCUACCAUCUGUAUUACUUUUUCACUACUCUUAAACCACACGUACUCACAUCCUAUUACCACUUGUUUAACCUCCCAAAAUGUUGUUCAAGACCCUCGCCAUCUCCGCCUUUGCGGCCUUGGCCACGGCCGCCUCCGUCUCGGACCUCAUCAGCGAGCUCCCCUCAUGCUCGACCGACUGCCUCCAGUCGGCCGCCACCGAGGCCGGCUGCAGUGAAACCGACUACUCGUGCCAGUGCGGCAAGACGACCGACAUUCGCGCCGCCGCUCUGACCUGCCUGGCUACUGCUUGCGAAACUUCUGAACUCCUUUCCGUCACCACCAUAAGCGCCCAGAUCUGCCUCGCCGUCGCGGCCGGAUCCGCCACUUCCGCCGCCGCUGGAUCUGCCAUCGGCUCGGCCAGCUCUGCUAUUGGCUCCGCUGCUAGCUCGAUCGCCAACGAUGCCUUCGGUACCAGCACUGCCACCGGCACCGCUGCCACUAGCACACAGACCGGCGGUGUUGACCGUACCGAGGCGGGUCUUGGUCUAAUGGGUGCGGCGGCUGUGUUCGCCAUGAUUAUGUAAAACGGAGCUUGUGAUGAAUGUGUUUGAGCAACGAUUUCGCGCAACGUCUUGGAGCUGCGCGAUCGGCGUAUUUAUACCCUGACGCUGAGCAAGCGCAUGGUUCUGGGGCUUAUUUGUACACUAUUGUAUUCACAUACAUAUUCUAUUCUGUAGUGUAUUUGAACACGAAGGCUUCUUGCCCAUCUACUCGUAUCAUCGCACAGCGAAAGAACGUAUGUGGAUAGUGAAACGGGGUCAGGCGGUCAGUAGGAUAUACCUACCACCUAACACACUGAAAAGACGGCUCCAGUACCAACAGAUCCCAUC